CUUAUUUGUAAUUUUGCUUCCAAAUAUUUAUUAUUAAUGGUGGGACCCACCAGCCUGAAAUAAUUGCUUCACAUCACUAAAGAAAGAAUCGAUUUCUUUUCAGUCCUUCAGCAGCAAUGGCUGACUAUUCUUGAUCACACAUUACAUUUCUAGAGAGAGAAGUUCUAGAGAGAGAGAGAGAGAGGUGAAAUGGCGGAUGCAGCAGUGGAGUUCCUGCUGGAAAAUCUUCAGCAGCUACUCCUAUACCACGCGCAUCUGAUCAGCGACGCGAAAAACCAGGUGGAGAAGCUGGAGAAGGAUCUCCGCCUCUUCAAAGCGUUCCUCAAGGACUCCACCAAGAAGCGGCGGAAGGACGACAGCCUCCGGGAGCUCGUCCGCCAGAUACGCGACGUCGUCUACGAGGCGGAGGACGUCAUCGACGCAUUCGUCACUCAGGCCGCCGAGAGCAAGUCCAAGAACUACUUCCUCCGAGCUUUUCAGACCCCCGUCAAGCUCCUCGGCAUCGCCAAAGAUGUCGAAUCCGUCGGUGGUAAGGUCACUGAUAUCUACGGCGGCAAGAGCCGGAUUGACUUCGCUAGCCUCACCGUCGGCGAUGGUGGUCCUGAAGAAUCUGAGGCUCCCUUGGUAAGACAAGACAAUGUGGUGGGAUUCGAAGACGAGGCCUUAAAGAUAAUCGGAUACCUCACUGAAGAAACUAAGCAGCUCGAUGUCAUCUCCAUCAUCGGCAUGCCUGGCCUAGGCAAGACAACGCUAGCGGGGAAGAUCUUCCGCGAUCCGGCAAUCCAGUACGAAUUCCCCACGCGUAUAUGGGUUUACGUUUCCCAAGAUUUCACAAAAAAAGACGUCUUCCUCUCCAUUCUGAGGGAGUUCACGAGGCUUACCGAUGACAUUUAUCGGAAAAGUGAUCAAGAGCUAGCCAACCUCGUCGACGGCAGUCUAGCGAGAGGCAAAUUCUUGAUUGUCAUGGACGACGUGUGGACGUCCGAGGAUUGGAAUAAACUCCAAAUCGCCCUCCCGAAAAGCAACAAUUUGGGCAAAGUUUUGAUCACUAGUCGCCACGAGGAAGUCGCUUGGUGUGCGAAUCGCAUUAGACCCCCCCAUAAAUUACGUUUCUUUACUCAUGCGGAGAGUUGGCUAUUGCUUCAGCUCGAGGUUUUCGGCAAGCCCGAGUGCCCGACAGAAUUGGUAGUCCUCGGGAAACUAAUAGCGGAGCAGUGCGACGGGCUACCGCUAGCGGUAGUUGUCAUCGGGGGCAUUCUUGUCAAAAAGUUUUCAUCGUCCAAUGAAAUGAUCGCGAAGAAGAACGCGUGGACGAAAGUGUCCGAAAGCGUGAGCACGUAUCUUAACGAGGACCCCGAAAGGCGCAUGGAGAAGAUCAUAGCGUUGAGUUACGAUAAAUUGCCGUAUCAUUUGAGGGCGUGCUUUCUUUACUUAGGAAUGUUCCCCGAGGAUUUCGAGAUCCCCGUUUGGAAAUUGAUCCGCAUGUGGAUUGCCGAAGGAUUCAUACAACAGAAAACCGGAAUGACCUUAGAGGAAACCGCGGAGAGCUAUUUGGACGAUCUUAUCAAUCGGAACUUAGUCCGAAUCGACAAGAUUAAACCCGACGGUAGAGUCAAGACGUGCCGCAUUCACGAUAUGCUUCGCGAUUUCUGCCGAACGGAAGCGGGUAACGAACGAGAGAAUUUCCUCCAAGAAAUGAAGAAGUCGAGUGAAGGAAUCUUCGAUCCUCCGGUUUGUAACGUACAUAAGUAUCGGCGUCUGUGUAUCCACUCCGAUGUCUUGAAGUUCCUCUCUCGGAAACCAUUUGGUCCUCGUGUUAGAUCUUUCGUUUGUUUCUCCAAGGAAGAAGUCACUUUACCGACGGACAGCAGUUCGGCCAUUCCCGCGGCAUUCAAACUUCUCCGAGUGUUGGAUGUGAAGCCGAUCAAGUUCACGAAAAUCCAUAGCGACAUGUACCAAUUGGUCCAUUUGAGGUACGUCACGCUGUCCUUCAACUUGUCCAUUCUUCCGGCGGCGUUCUCCAAGCUCUGGAACAUACAAACCCUAGUCGUCGACACGACUUCCCGCACCCUCGAAAUCAAAGCCGAUAUUUGGAAGAUGAUCCAAUUAAGGCAUCUAAAGACGAACGCGUCGGCUGUCUUGCCCAAGACGGGCAAGAGCAGCAAAGAAGGCGAGAAGCUCCAAACCCUCGGAACGAUCUCUCCCCAAAGCUGCACCGAAGAAGUUUUCGACCGGGCCCGCAAUCUGAAGAGGCUCGGCAUUCGCGGCCGGCUCGCCUCGCUCAUCGAGGGUAAAGUCGGAUCGUUCGACAGUUUGGGAAAACUGGGAAAUCUCGAGAAGCUAAAGCUGCUAAACGACGUCUUCCCUAAUCCGCCGUCGGAGGGUCAACUGCGGGGCCUACCUCAACCCUACAAGUUCCCGCCGAAACUGAGGAGCUUAACGUUGGCCGACACUUUCCUCGACUGGUGCCACAUGUCGAUCAUAGGACUGCUCGAGAAUCUCGAGGUGCUGAAGUUGAAGGAGAAGGCGUUUGUGGGGAAGAGUUGGGUGGCGGCAGACGGAGGGUUCAGAUGCCUCGAGGUGUUGCAUAUCGGACGGACGGAUUUGGUCGUUUGGGUGGCGUCGGGGCAUCACUUCCCUCGGCUUAGACGGCUUGAGCUGCAUUACUGUGAGGAGCUUCAAGAGGUUCCGAUCGGCCUGGCCGAUAUACCGACCCUCCAGCUUUUGGACUUGUACCGUUCGAAAUUUGCGGCUGCACCGGCUAAGAAGAUUCAAGAAGCGAGAAGUAGGAAGCAAGCGGAGGAAACUAGCAAUACGUGCGCGUUCAAGCUCACCGUUUUUCCUCCCGACGAGCAAUGAGAUCGUCGUACAUUUCGGAUUCUAGGUGCCACGUGUGUAAGUCGAAAUCGUUUGUAUUGAUAUUCUUGUGCUCGAUUUUCAUUUUGUAUUUGUACUUCGUAGCAAAUUUGGCAAAUCUACUUUGGUUUAUUUCAAGCUUUAACAAGAAACAAAUUUUCUUUAGAGCUGAAACUCAGUGAGUUGACUCAGUGAGUUCACUCUCUCACUUCUCCGCCCACUCCAAGGAUCUUCUGGAUGGUGAAAGUGCAAAUAUGAUAUCAAUGAUUUUCU